GUCCGCGGCAGCUCCAGCACCGAGCGGCUAAACUUUCCAUGAUAGACGAGGACAAAGCAAAACUCCAGCGAGAGAGCGGAAGUGGUAGUGGAUCGAUGCUGGAGGAGGUAGACGACAACGCAAAUGGUUUUGUGGAUACGAAAAAUCUACCUCAACAAGAUUCCCUGGUGGACGAAGAACAGCGGACUGACCACGACGUUGCUUCGAGCUCGUCUUCUUUGCUUCCAACCUCGACCACACGUCAGAUCGAUGCCCUAGAGCAGUUCGGGUUGGACCUGCAGGAAAACCUGGAAGAGCUUGUGGGCCACCAGUUCGUCCGUUGGGAAUUUGUGAAUCCCGCUCAUUUUUCAAGUGGUGACGAUGGUGGCACGAAAGCAGACACCGUCCCAGGUUUCAUGCAACGGAUGUACGGAGGCGGUGAAGAUGGACGAGAUAGAGCGGCAUGUACUUCUUCUGCAGCCUCAAGGAGGCUUGUGGAAAAACGCAAUGCGUUGCUGAACGAGCUCUACCCAGACUCAUCGUUCGAAAAGCAGGAAGGUAUUUUGCCGGAGGGGGUAGAAAUGGGUACGGCUAGGAAACAUUCGCUUCUUGAGAAGGACAAUGCCAAUCUCAGCAAACAAGGACCUUCAGCUCAACCAGCAGGGGACACGAAAAAUGAGGCGGAAGGAGCCGCAACUACAACAUCGCGGCCUCCUACGGCACAACACACGGACCAAGCCCAGAGAAAUAAUAUUGAAAAAGUUGUUCCCCACCAGCCCGAAGAGCCGCCGCCGAUUCCAGUUCGCAGACGCUUGGUUUCUACCCCAUUGGGGGACGCGACCGCCUUUUCGUCGAUGGAGACGAAAGUCUCCAAAAUGCUCUAUGAGGAGCUCCACCACGCACGAGAAAACGGUUUCAGCCUCGACCCCAUCUUUCACUGCCUCUAUUUGUGCACCCCGACGGACCGUGCGACGCUACUUGAAGUGCUCAGGCAGAUCGAUUGGUCGAUCUUCCUGAAUAUAAACUGCAAAAAUGUCUGGGUCUGGAAGAUUGCAACUUGUCAUGCUAAAUCCGAAUAGUGCGAAAAUCUGUGUUGCGUGAGGUCCAAAUGCUGUCCAAUUUCGACCAAGUUGGGAGGGAGUUUCUUAUGCAGGCUAGGCAUAGCAGAGACCUCACAGACUCUGUCAUGCUAGGUCCCGCAUUCCAGACCUCAUGGGUCAUGGAAAACCUGCAUGACAAGUUUAACACUCUUCCAGACCCAGACAUUUUUACAGUUGAUACUGAAGCUGAUACGAAAGAGUGACGGCGACGAGAAAAUGGUGAUGAAAGACGUGAAGGUGUCCCAGGACUUUAUCAAAUGCAAAAAUGUCUGGGUCUGGAAACUUGUGAUGCAAAAAGUGGAUGAUAGCCGCACUGCAAUUCGCAGCUUUGCAUCACAAAUUUUUUGGCUGCCAUGUCUUACGUAUUCCGCAUGGCAAACUGCGUUUUUGCAUGACAGGUAAGAGGGUCUUUUCGUGCCUAUGCAACACAGAUUCUCGAAUUAUGCCAGACAAGCAUGACAAACUUGCAUUCUUCCAGACCCAGACAUUUUUACAUUUGAUAGACUUUGUGGAGCUGCAAAUCAAGCUGCCGGCGCAGGAUCCCGAAGCGAACGAUCAGAACCGGCAGCUAGUUUCCAAGUUUAUCGACGAGGACCGCUACCCCAUCCAGGUGGACGCGCAGGUACACACGGGCGUGCUAUUGCAGGGGAGCUCCUUCGCGGGCUCGCCGACUAACUUGUGCAGCGGCGGUCCGGCGCUGAAGCGGGACGGGAAGUACGUUCUGCAGCUGAUCCGCCACCUUCGCUACUUCUGCGCGAUGAUUUUGUACAGCCUGGUGUCCGAGGCGACCUUGACCGAUACGAUGGCGCGAUUCAAGGUCGAUCGAAGCAUCGUGCAGCAGUUGCAAAACAACGCGGGGAUGUACUGUGGCACGGUCGUGCAGUUCUGCGACCGGAUGCGGUGGUGGGUGUUGUGGCGCACGUUUGAAUCCCUAGGGCCGCGGAUGCAGUUUGCGGCCCCGCCGGAGCUGCAGCCCCUGUGUGAGCUGGGUAUUACCGCCCCACGGGCGCGCAAAUUGCACGAAGCGAACUGGUCGGUGGAGAAAAUCGCAAAGGUGCAGGUCGUGCCCGACGUCUACGAUCCGGAGACUGGGGCAUUGGUCACCAAUCCCCUGCUGAUGGAGAAGAACAAGCUGGAAAGGUGGUUUUUGCAGCAGGAGCCCUUCGAUCGACAGCAGAAUGGCACCGUGCAAAGGAUGAUCCACGCACAGGUCAGAGAGAUGAUCGCCAACGCGCAAUACCGCAUGUCCGCGAUGGAGCAAAAAUUAUGCGACGAAGUGUUGGAUGAAACUUCGUCGUCUGAUUCCAAUCCUGAGAAAGGUGUGGCACGGUGAAGAUGUUGUUGACAAAUCGAAAGCAACCCGCGUGCGCCCUGUGACUGAGAACGGUGUGUGCUACGAUUACGAAAAUUAUGCCACGCGCCUCACAGAAGACGAAAUUGCAGCUAGCAGGGCACGACUGGACUACGAGGAGCUUCUGCUCUCUCGUUGUACACAAGGUGCACACUUUUCCUGUGCUUGAGUUACCAGGCCGAUGCUAAAGCUAUACCAACAUCGGACCACAACAAUGUUUUACAUCAUGCC